UCAUAUUCGCAACUAGCCUCACUCCUGCCUUUGAUGCGGUUACCCAGAGCGCCAAUAGGAGGUGCAUCACUUGAAACAAACAUCCUAUCUUGUCUUAAACUUACAUCGCCCCGCCUUCUAACUUCAAUUCUUUCAUCGAUUUGGUUCUCUCUAGUUAUUCAAAACUGGCUCUCUCAAAUCAUCAUGCGGACACCAAAGCACCUUCAAACCCCUGACUAUAAGCGCCACCAUCUUGGUCAAUCCGCAAACAGUCGCGUUCCAUCGCUCAAUAACCGUACCGUCUUCGUCGAUGAUAAGGUCUCGCUCUGGGCUUAGCCGUCGUGGGGCGGUCUGAUUGUCCUAAAGAACGUCACGGCCUUAGAGCUCACUCUCUGCCUCUUGAUCCUGGUCCCGGGUCAUGGGUGGGUUAACAGGAUCAAGAGGCAGAGGACGAGUUUUGCUAGAAAUUGCUACUCCUUGACGCGAGAUGGGUUGAUUGCCGUGGC